AUGCCGCGACUCGCGGAACUGGAUGAGAUUUCAGUGGCACAAUGGAUCCGGCAGAACACUUGGGGUCGCAGUGCCCAGGACAUCCUACAAAUCACAAUCAGAGCUCUCUAUGGGGUUGAGCCGAACAGAAUAAACAUGCUCUACCAUCUGGCCAUAUGCAAAUCGGCCGGUUCACUCUCCAGACUUCUCAGCAGCGACGAUGAUGGCGCCUUGGCUUUGCGUGUUGAGGGAGGAACAAGUCAGAUAGCGAGUCAGUUGGUCGAAGAAAUUGGGGCGGAUCACAUCCGCCUGAAUCGAGCGGUAAAGCGCAUAGAGGUCGAUGAAACUAAUGGUGUUACUCGUGUUCACUACUUUUCCACUGAUAAUUCAGAAGAGAAGGUGGCGUCAACUUACUUAUGUCAGAAAUCUUAA